CUGUAACAUUUCUAGCAAAACGAAAUUCAUAAUGUAUUAACUUUUUCGUGAGAGUUUCACAUUUUUACUCCACUGAAUCUUCCAAUAAGAAAAAUUUAAGUACUCAAGCUAGAUUGCAAACUGCGACUUAAUACGGUGUCUGCAAAAGGUCAGUUAAAAUAUUGAGCUCAGAGUAGGACUUGUACCUUUUGUAAUUCGAAUAAAGACCUAAAUGAAAUCAUAAUUCGUUCUUUUUUUACUCUUUGUGUAGUUAGAGAUCUCAGCUGGAUGACUUGGACAUUGCUUCGGUAAUUGAUGAAACAUUCUAACUGGAGUUUUAUCCAAAAUCGGUUCUAAAGAUCUUCAUUGACUAAUAAUGUUACGUUGUAUGAGAGGCAAACCAAAUGAUGGGCUCUCACUCAAAAUACCUUCCCAUCGCUCUACCUCUUACUUGGAUCCUGAUUCUGCCACUGCCCUGCUACAAGAUGAGGGCUACACAUUUGGGCAGACUAUUGGCGAAGGCUCGUAUUGCAAGGUCAAAGUAGUAUAUAGAUUAACCAAAGGCAACCAGAUUCGGAAAAUUGCUUGCAAGAUUAUCAACAAGUACAAAGCCUCCAGUGACUUUGUUGCCAAGUUUUUACCACGGGAACUGUUUCUAGUACGUGGAUUAAGGCAUCCAAAUAUAGUUGCAGUAUUGGAUGUACUAAAUACUCCACAGCACGUUUACUUAUUCAUGGAUCUCUGUGAAAAAGGUGAUCUACUAGAACACAUUCGUGCAAAAGGUGCUCUGGCUGAAUCUCGAUCUAGACAUUUUUUUAGACAGAUUGUAUCCGCUGUUCAACAUUUGCAUUCAUUGGACAUUGCCCACAGAGAUUUAAAAUGCGAAAAUAUAUUACUAGCAACAGAAGAUCAAGUCAAAAUUGCUGAUUUUGGGUUUGCAAGAUGGUGUCACAAUGACAAAGGUCAUAGAAUACUGUCAGAGACAUUUUGUGGCAGUGCAGCUUAUGCAGCACCAGAGAUUCUUCAGGGGACAAUGUAUAAUCCAAAGAUGUAUGAUUCUUGGUCACUGGGCUGUAUUUUGUUUAUUAUGUUGACGGCAUCAAUGCCAUUUGAUGACGCCAGUAUUCCUAAGAUGAUGAAAGCUCAAACAAAUAGACAAAUCAACUUUCCUGACAAAAUAGAUAUUGGGUCAGCUGUCUGUCAGUUAAUAUUACAUCUUUUGGAACCAGAUGUGACACGUCGAGCAACCGUGAGACAAAUUACGAGAUCCCAUUGGUUACGACAUCCACCCAACAAAGUAUUAUGCGACUCUGUGGACAGAGCCAUUGAUUCGUUGUUGAAGUAAUAAUCAUUUAUAAAUCUGAAUAGUUUUGUCUCCUAUACCAGCAAUUGAGAA